CGGGACAAGGUCAAUCGGCGUCGCAAACCACGUCGAGUCGCGCUCAACCCAAUGUUCGACACGUCGAUGCGCCUGACCUGGCCUCGGUGGCCCUCGUCCGCGAGCAGCAACAACGGCGACGAGUCGCCCGGCGACAAUCUGGGCGCCACGAGCGACGGCGCAGCAACUGCCGGUAGUGGAGGUUGCGAGGUGGUGGAGGUAUUCAAGCCCCGAGCCGGGAUCCGAAUUGGCAUCUCGCUGAUGCGCUCGUGCCCCGCGCAUCCCACCGUGCGCACCGUAGUGCCGGGCUCGCUCGCCGCGCAGCGCCGCUCCGAGGAUGCACCCAUCAUCAGCACGUUUGACCGCAUCCUCGCGAUCAACGGCGACAAGCCGCGGACGGCACGCGACGCUGCGGCGAUGAUCCGCGACGCGCAGGGCUGCGUCCGCAUCCGGCUGCUGCGCAGACCGCCCGUCUUCGUCACCGACUCUGCUCUGAAGCUGCAGCGGCGGUGGCGGCAGCGGCGCGGCUCGCUGGCCUACAAGCGCUGCCGCCCCGGCCUACUCGGCUGGCUAGAGCGGGCCCAGAUCAGGCUCGGCGCUUACGGCCCGGACGGCGCGGCGCGCCAGCGCGACCUGGAGGAGUUCGAAGGCGACUGUGCGCUAGCUGCGAUCCAUGCGUGACUGAGUGGUGUGGCAGCGCGGGGGUGGAGCUGUCUCUUAGUAACAACAAGUCUCUUAGCACUUUUGCAAAA